UGCCCAGGGAGGAACUGGGUUCCUGUUCUGGAAAGCCAAGUGGAAGCUGAAUGGGUAUCGACAGGGAUGCUGUGGAAGACAUUUCAGCACUGGAUGGAAAAUUACACAAGACAAGCUGUUUGGUUUUCUCUUAAACUUUUUUUCCCCAAUGCAUUUUCUCUUUUAAUUGAAGUAAUAUCACGUUAUGACAUAAAUUUCAAGUGUGCACUGUUGAAGACCAGCGUCUGUAUAUACUACAUUAAGUUCACCGCUGAAAAUCCAAUUUUGUCUUUCACCUACAACUAUCCCCUUUGUCGGAUUUCCCACCCCACCCUAAGAUAACCUUCUAAGGCCCUGCCACCUCCUAGAAUCAGAAACACUCAAAGAGUGUCUGUCUGGCCAACCACCAAACUAUCUUAUCCUGAGCCCCUAUGAGGGGGUCGCUGAUAUCUGUGCUGGGCUCCUCCCUGAGCAAGAGGGCUGUCACCUGAGCUGCAGUUACAGGAAUGAUGUUUCCUUUGAUGAUGAAAAUGCUAGUGCUGCUGCUGCCCCUGGCCCAUGCUGCCCCCAAGGACGGAGCCUUGAGGCUGGACCCUGAAGUACAACACCAGCCCUUGCUCAACCCCUUCCAGCCAGGCCAGGAGCAACUCCGACUUCUGCAGAGCUACCUAAAGGGACUACAGGGGAUGGAAGAGGAACCGGAUCACAUGAGCCGGGAGCAGGUUCUCCUCUACCUCGUUGCCCUGCAUGACUACGACCAGAGUGGACACCUGGAUGGCCUGGAGCUGCUGUCCAUGUUGACAGCAGCUCUUGCUCCUGGAGCUGCUGACUCUCCUGCCCCCAACCCGGUGAUCCUGGUGGUGGACAAGGUGCUGGAGACCCAGGACCUGAAUGGGGAUGGACUCAUGACCCCUGGGGAGCUCAUCAACUUCCCAGGAGAGGCCCCAAGUCAGGCAGAGCCCAGAGAGCCCCUGGAGCCACAGGAUAUUGGGAGGCAGCCCCUGUCCACUAAAAUCCCAUCAGGACAAGAAGCACAGGAAGCCCCAGACCCCAGAGACCAAGCUGGGGGACCAGAGGAGUCCAGAAGGGGAUCUGUGGAGCCUGCACAGGAAGCUGGGGGCCCAGUUGAGGCCGAAGGAGAAGCCCCAGGUCCUGGAGGGGAGACUGGGCACCCGGCUGAGGCUGAAGGAGAAGCCCCAGGCCCUGGAGGGGAGACUGAGGGACAGGCAGAGGCCCCAGACACUAGAAAGGAGGCAGAAGAGCUUCCACAGGAAACGCUGGAGUCUAGGAACACCCCCGAUGAGUUUGAGGCUCAUGCUAUUCAACUGGAGAACGAUGAGAUGUAAACCUUUCCCCCCUGCAAGUGUGAGCGCCAGCGCAUAAGCUCUGAAGGGUGCGUCUCUGGAGAAGGACCACCUCCGUGUCCCCUUCCCAGCCCCCGCGGGGGCGGGUCUUUCUGUGCAGGUCUGGGAGACCCUAUAUUGAGGGGCACCUCUGGAGUCAGCCCACCAAAUAAAGAACCGAAUGAACCGUGCCCCGGGCAUGUCUACAGUGUGCCUGCCAGACCCGGGGGCCCAGCGGGGGGGAACUGGGCAGGUCUUGGAGAAGCAGGGAUGCGGCUUUCCCCGUGUCCCCGGCCAGUGCUGAGACGCAGCGGAGUACAGCACCAGGCCAUGGCCGGCUGCAGACCGCCCUGGGAAGAGCGCCAGCCCUCCCGGGAGCCCACAUACCGCGGUGCCCCCUCUCCUGGUGUUCCUCCGGGGCUCAUCUUCCGCAAGGCCGCAUCUGCGCUCUGUGCCCCCGCCGUGUGAACAACAACCUCUCCUGAGAGCAGAGCACACGCCAGCCAUCCAGCUGGGCACGUCACCCAUUGCCUGAUUUUAUCCUCGCGAUCAUUCUAGGAUCAUGCAGAAUUAGUUCCGUUUACCAGGUGAAGAAAUUGAGGAAGACGAGUUCAGUCACGUACCCGGGUGACAAAGCUAAUUAAGUGGUGGGUAUGAACUCGGGUCUUUCUGACGCACAUUCUCGGGCCUCGGCCACCCUGCCCUAAUCUUCGAGUGGAAACGGGCCCAUUCUGCCCUCCAGGCCCGGUCUCCCCACAGGACAGCAACACUGUGGGCAGCCCCAUCUGUGGUUGAGGCACUGCCUUAAUUAUAAGGCUGCCCAAGGACCGGACUUUUAGGCUCUGGGGCAGUCAUGGUGGAGAUAUUUUUAGACUGUGAAGGUGCCACCAAACCACUGAGUUGGCUCAACCACCUGGACACUCUUGGAGCCAAGGGACGAGAGACGAGGGGCAGGGAGGGAGGG